CCUUGGCAAUUGAUUUUUUUUUUCUCUUUUUACAGAUUUAAUUUUUCAUAGUACAAGGUAACCAAUCCAUUUUAUGUAGAAGUGCCUUGUCUGCAAAAUGUUGUCUGAGAACUCUGUAGGAAGCUAACCAGUGACUUUUCCCAGUUCCUAUUUACUUCCUCUCAUGGUACCCCACCCCCCAAAAGCUGAGGUGUAUCACUGCUUCACGGAGGUGAUGAGGAGACUUGAGUCCUCUCUGGAAUGCUCAUCUGUGACAGAAGCCUCACCGCUGCCUUCCAAGGCCACUCCUGAGACACUCAUGUGCAGUGUUACAGAUGCUGUGCAGGGGACUUGCAUGCUGUAACCAAGUCUCUAGGCUCCUGAAUACUAAGCCAUGAACAAAACCAGCUGGACCCAAUGGAAGACCCUGAACAUGAGCAGUGACCUUGUGAACGUGUCCGAGCAUCAUGCCUGUCCACUUGGCUUUGGCUACUACAGUGCGGUGGAUGUCUGCAUCUUUGAGACAGUCGUUAUUGUCUUGCUGACAUUUUUAAUCAUUGCUGGGAAUUUAACAGUCAUCUUUGUCUUUCAUUGUGCUCCACUCUUGCACCACUAUACUACCAGCUAUUUCAUUCAGACUAUGGCCUAUGCUGAUCUUUUUGUCGGAGUUAGCUGCUUGGUCCCCACUCUCUCUCUGCUCCACUACUCCACAGGUAUCCACGAGUCUCUGACCUGCCAGGUGUUUGGAUAUAUCAUCUCGGUUCUGAAAAGUGUUUCCAUGGCAUGUCUGGCUUGCAUAAGUGUGGAUCGCUAUCUUGCGAUAACCAAGCCUCUCUCCUACAAUCAGCUGGUCACCCCAUGUCGCUUGAGAAUUUGCAUUAUUUUAAUCUGGAUCUACUCCUGCCUUGUUUUCUUGCCUUCCUUUUUUGGCUGGGGGAAACCUGGUUACCAUGGUGACAUUUUUGAAUGGUGUGCCACCUCUUGGCUUACCAGUGCCUAUUUUACUGGCUUUAUUGUUUGUUUACUUUAUGCUCCUGCUGCCUUUGUCGUCUGCUUCACUUACUUUCACAUUUUCAGAAUCUGUCGACAGCACACCAAAGAGAUAAAUGACCGGAGGGCCCGAUUCCCUAGCCAUGAGGCGGAUGCCUCUGGAGAGACUGGACACAGCCCUGACCGUCGUUAUGCCAUGGUUUUGUUUAGAAUUACUAGUGUAUUUUACAUGCUCUGGCUCCCCUACAUCAUUUAUUUUCUUCUGGAAAGUUCACGGGUCUUGGACAACCCAACACUGUCCUUCCUGACCACCUGGCUUGCUAUAAGCAAUAGUUUUUGUAACUGUGUGAUUUACAGCCUUUCCAACAGUGUUUUUCGGCUUGGCCUUCGAAGACUGUCAGAGACCAUGUGCAUGUCAUGUAUGUGUGUGAGGGAUCGGGAAGCACGAGACCCCAAGCCUAGGAAAAGGGCUAAUUCCUGCUCCAUUUGAAGAGAUGCGCACAGUAAAUCCUAUGGGAUCUGAUGGUGAUUUCAGAUUGUGUCCUUGAUUCACCUGGAAAUUUGCCACUAGAGAAUAUUUCCUUGAAGAGUUGACUAUGAGCUGCAAGGACUAAAGGUUUCUCUCUCCUCUCACCCACACCUUUGUCCUUUUCAUGGAAAAAGAAACUUAAGGGAUGUGUAGAGAGUAAUCUCAUGAGAUAAUUAUAGCGUGUGAGUAUAAAUGUGCAGUAAUGGGGGAAAUUCAGCGCUGAGGAUGGAAACGGUA